AUGGCUACCACUUCCACUCUAUUCCCCUCCUCCUUUACUCCCUUUACGGUGCAGACACAAUCCUCACCCGAUGUCUCCAUCUAUGGCAUUCGAUCGUACGAUCCAUCUUCUUCUCUGCCUCCUCUUCUUCUAUUGCACGGAUACCCACAGACACAUCACAUAUGGCACCUCGUCGCGCCUCAACUAACAUCCCACUUCUCCCUUGUGAUAAUGGACAUUCGCGGCUACGGAGCCUCUUCCAAGCCUGCCAACAACACUGCCCUCUACGCAAAGAGCCACAUGGCAAACGACUGCAUCGCCGUCAUGGAUGCCCUCAGCUAUGCCAACCAGCCCUUUUACGUCUGCGGCCACGAUCGUGGUGCUCAUAUUGCUCACAAGCUCCUGGUUGAUCAUCCCACGCGCAUCCGCAAGGCCAUCCUCCUCGACAUAUGCCCUACCUUGGCAAUGUACAACUGCACAAGCCUAGAGUUCCCAAAAGCCUAUUUUCACUGGUACUUUCUCAUCCAGAAAUCCCCUCUCCCCGAAACUCUCAUCAGUGGAGCCCCGCGCCAGGUCAUCGAGGCGUUUGUUAGUGGCGUGAAUCCCGACAAUCUUGCCAUGUUCCAUAAGGAAGCCCGGGAAGAGUACAUCAAGUGUAUGGAAGACAAGGACUACGUUCACGCUACAUGCCAAGACUACCGCGCUGGCGCUACGCAUGACCUUGACGAACAGAAGGAUGAUCUCGCCAAGGGGAAGCUGAUCCAGACACCUAUCAGGGUGCUGCUGGCCAAGGACGGCAUCGUUAGUCGUCUCUUUGACGGCAAAGAGGAGUGGGCAAAAGUUACCGCAGAAGGUGUGCCCGUCGAAGUUGAAGAUGUUAACUCAGGCCACUUCAUCCCGGAGCUGAUCCCGGACGUUGUCGUCUCCAAUAUUCUCGACUUCUUUCAGUAA